CUUUAACAAGAAAGGAAACUUUGAAGAGGAGCUUUUCUACUUCCCACAACGUCCAUGCAGGACUUCAGCUCUGCUUUCCUGUUGAAGGUCUCAGAGACUUGCCUUGCCUUCCUCCUCUUGGUAGCUGUCAGUACUCUUACCAUUUCAUGAGUUUUCCCCCAAGCUUGGCUGUGGAAUGUGAUAUGUAGUAGUUUCACCAGCACCUUUCUCCCAGCUUCCUUGCUGUACCUGAUUCAGGCAUUUUCCAUUUCUAGGAUCUUGCUGUUAAUCACUAUGGGAGUAAGUAAAAGUAAUAUAUACAAAAUAAAUGCAUAAUGGAAUAAUAUAGGGUAGUUACAAAUAAUGAUUCUUGCUGUUUCAUCCUGAAAAUGUGAUCCUUAAUGAGUCACAUUUUAAUUUCUGCUUUUUAUUUCUGAGAAUGGAGUCACCAUUUUCCCCCUUCUGGCUACACAUUUAGAUGCAUUUCAGAUCUGAUGAUGGUUGCAAUGUAAAAAAGAAUAGCAAGGCCUUUGGUUUCUGUAGACAGUUUGGACAAGAUAACUUCCAGAGUGGGUAAUGUCCAGUUUAUUAGUGUUACUGGAUGGGAAGUCUCAACUCUUGAGUUGUCUAGGUUCUUGGCGUGUUGAACGAAGAAUUGAACAAAACGUAGAAACAAAGUAACAAAAGCACAAAUUUAUUGAAGCAAGCAAGUGCCUCAAGAGUCCCAAGUGCAAUUCUUAAGCUUUACUAGGCUAAAAGAAUUUGGUAAACCUCUAGGUGCCCUUUAUAGUCUGCUACUUGGUUACACCCUAUGAAGGAUUGGCCUGCGACCAAUGAGAGGCUGAAAUGGACAUGGCCGAGGCCAGUCAGAGGUUGAUGUUGAAACUUCUGCCUUGUGAAAUCACAGGAGUGAAGGUGUGGCCUGUAUCCUUCCUAGUCUUGCCUAGAACUGGCUGCAUCUGCUGUUCUUUUGCUUAUGCCUUAACCCUUGGUUACCCCAAUUCCCUGUUCUCCUGCCUCAUUAGGUCUUUACCCUGACUAAAAAUGCACUCAUCUAGCUGGGACAAACCAAUCCUACACUGCAUUUGUCCCAGCUACAUGAGUCUUCUGGCAGAGUACAUGGCACAGAAGUAGGCAUUCAAAAAUUAGGCAUACAGUUCAUUUUGUUACCUAUGUGCCAGGUGUUGGGCAGGCUAAGUCAAUUAACAGCUGAACAGAAACCCACCUACCCAACGUGCUAACUUCUACACAGCAUGGUCGUGUAUCCAAAUCAAAUGGAAAGGGGGUGGGAGAUCUGGAAAGGGUUCUCGUGGGAGGCAUCUGACUACCUAAAUUCCUAUCCCAGUUUCACUUACUGACACUUGGAACAAGCAGCCUCUCAGUGCCUGUAUUCCCACUGUAGGUAAAUGGGCUAAUGACGGUAUCUCUGGCACUAGACUUAAUUAAUGAAAAGCGCAUAGAAGAGAGCCUGGCUCACAGUAAGUGGACAGUGCGUUUCCCGAGGACAGCACUUCGCCUGAUGUUCAUCUUCUAGGCUGAGAAGCCAGGGUAAAUCCAUUUGAUUUUCCUAUCACACAGUGCCUCUCCCCUGAUGAGUUCAAACCUUUAGGUCCAUCCAGUUCUGUCCAGACGCGAUGUUCAUCUCCAACAGGCCCACUGGAGACGCGAGUUUUCCAAAGCCUGGCAUGGCCCACUGCAGGUAACGCCCUCAGGCCUCUGGCGUCCAUCCUUCCUCCCUACGCGACUCCCGAACCUCUUCCGCGCCCCGCUCGGGCGCCAGGCGGCAGUGGUAGAGUCGCACCGCCUCACGCGCAGCCCCGCCCCGGCCUCCACGUGACCUGGCCGGCUGAGCGCGCACACGGGGGCCCGCGCUGGAGGCGGGCGAGGGCCGACCGGCCAGCCAGGGGUCUCGGGCUUGGGAAGGGCGGGGCCACGCCACAGGCCCGCCCCCAUCAUCAGCUGCCUACGCGCGCCAAAGUCAAACCUCCACACCCGCCGGCGGGCCGGUGAGCUCACUAGAGGACCGGGCAAGUCAGGAUCUGUCUCAGCGGCGCCGCGAGCCCCAGCGCGCGCAUCUGUGGCUGCCCCCCUGGUCUCUCUGCCCGACUUACUCCAGGCCGACACAAGACUAGGAAUGGCCACCCCGCCCAAGAGAAGCUGCCCGUCUCUCUCAGCCAGCUCUCAGGGGACGCGCAUCAAGAAAAUCUCCAUCGAAGGGAACAUCGCUUCAGGGAAGUCAACAUUUGUAAAUAUCCUGAAAAAAGUGUGUGAAGAUUGGGAAGUGGUUCCUGAACCUGUUGCUAAAUGGUGCAGUGUCCAUAGUACUCAAGAUGAAUUUGAGGAACUUACAACGUCUCAGAAAAAUGGUGGGAAUGUUCUUCAGAUGAUGUAUGAGAAACCAGAACGAUGGUCUUUUACCUUCCAAACAUAUGCCUGUCUCAGUCGAAUAAGAGCUCAGCUUGCCUCUCUCAAUGGCAAGCUCAAAGAUGCAGAGAAACCGGUAUUAUUUUUUGAACGAUCUGUGUAUAGUGACAGGUAUAUUUUUGCAUCUAAUUUGUAUGAAUCUGAAUGCAUGAAUGAAACAGAGUGGACAAUUUAUCAAGACUGGCAUGACUGGAUGAAUAACCAGCUUGGCCAAAGCCUUGAAUUGGAUGGAAUCAUUUAUCUUCAAGCCACUCCAGAGACAUGCUUACAUAGAAUGUAUUUACGGGGAAGAAAUGAAGAGCAAGGCAUUCCUCUUGAAUAUUUAGAGAAGCUUCAUCAUAAACAUGAAAGCUGGCUCCUGCAUAGGACACUGAAAACCAACUUCAAUUAUCUUCAAGAGGUGCCUAUCCUAACACUGGAUGUUAAUGAAGACUUUAAAGACAAACAUGAAAAUCUGGUUGAAAAGGUCAAAGAAUUUUUGAGUACUUUGUGAAGACUGCAGGCAGCCAAAUGGUUCCAGACCCUUCAGCUUUGUGUGUCUUCCUAACUUCAUAUUAAUACAAGUUUGUUUAGAAAACCCAAGUUUUUAACCAUCUUCGUUCUAAGGAAAACAAAAAGAUUUUUAAAAUGAAUCUUAUGGAAAGCUUUUUGACCAGUUUUUUUUUCUUUUCUUAAAAAAAAAAAAAAAAAAAAAGACAUUUAAAGACAAAUACAUUAUUUCUCAUAGCAGGAAGUGUAGGGGUAGAUGGUUCCAGAAUCAGUUUAGUGGCUAAACUACAUUAUAAAAGAUCCAGCUUCCUUCUGUCUUGCCACUCUUUUGUCUUCCUUGGCAGUUAGCUUUUUUCCCUGGUGCGUCUCACCUCACUGGUAACCAGUUUCUUAACUGAAAGCUUUAAUGUUACACAGUAAUUGGUAGUGUGCCCUGUGUAAAUUAGUGUACCUAUUAAAAGUUGCAAAGGGGAAUUAAAGGAAUCCCUAGAAUAAGGAUUCUAAAGUUUUAUUUUAAAUGAUUAUUUCUUAGCAGUUUAGCCCACCUCUUAUUUCCUGCCUCAGUUUGCUUUCUCUACUGUCUGGAUUAAUUAGGUAGCCUGCUAUUUCAAAGUUAAAAUAAAAGUCACACAUUUCUACUUUGCAAACACUGUGUUACUGUUUGCUUUCUAGUUUGCUUUCCUUUGUAGGGUUCUGCUUUAAGUUUUUUCCCUUUUUCAGAGAAAUUACUGAUAAAAAAUGAUCCUGCUUUAUAUAUAGUAUAUCCUGAAAGCAUUAUUGUUUUUUGUUGAACUAGGAAAUAAAAUUAAUGAAGACAGAGGUUAGUAGUUAAUUGAGUCAUUUAACUACUUAUUUGUAAACCAUCUAUGCGAACAUUUGUAAAAACUUGCAUGGAUUCAUCUUAGUUCUGUAUAUAAAGAUACUUUCUUUCUAGUUUGUUUAGUUAAGGUGUGCAGUUUUUCCUGUGUAUUAAACCUUUCCAUUUUACAUUUUAGAAAAUUUUAUGCAUUUUAAAAUGAAGGAAGAGUCACUUUCACUUUGAAACUAUUAUUUUUCUUCCUAAAAUGUCAUUUUUGUUUUUGGUUUUUUAUUCAAAAUGAUAAUUUAGUGGAUUAACCAGUCCAGAUGCACUGAUCUUUGCAAAGGGGACUUAAUUUCAAAUCUGUAAUUACCGUACAUAUUUGAACUGUCUCAUGAUAGGUAUACAUUUUUUUUUGUUUGGUAUAAAUGAAUGUGUCUACUUAAUUAAAUAUUUCUUAAUAAGUAUAAACCUCAUGUACUACAGUGUACCUGUUUUCAUGGAAAUUGUUACAUCUUUUCAGAAUUAAAAUUUAUUCUACUUUUAAAGAAAAAAAUAUGAAUAUUAAAGGUGAAAAUUGUCUGUACAAAUUACAUUGAUUCUAUUUUAAGUGUAGACAUAUUUCAGUGAUUUUUAUUAACCUUUAAAAAUGUGUAAUGACUUUAAAAAUUUGUAGAAUUGAAAAGAAGCUAAUAAAAAUUUAUUAUUUAUUUGUCAUGACUCAAAAGUUGUCCCAGUGUGUUGGUCAUAAGAGAAUUUAGCCUAGUGGUGGUCUGCAUUAUGUCUUGGAUCUCUUACCUAUAUCAUGUCUUCCAUUAGAAUUUAUAUAUGGCUCUUUAUAGGUUGCUCUCCUAGAAAGGUAAUUAAUAAUAUAAGACUUAUUUUUCUCCAGAAUUUUCUCUUCUGCUAUGCCUAAAACUUAAAGCAUUAUAUACUGAGCCACCUAGAACUUACCGUCUAGGUGUCAUAUUUUAAAGAACAGAGUUGUAAAAUGUUUCUAAAAUAGAGAUGCAGAUCUUACUAUCUUAGAAAAAUAAAUGCUAGAUACAUUGCAACAUUAAGUGUAUAUAAAUUCUGGUAAAUAAUAGCCUUCUUAAUUUGACUAACUUACCUCUUCUUUUAAUUUUUUUAAGAGACAGGGUCUUGUUCUGUCACCUAGGCUGGAGUACAAUGGCACAAUCAUAGUUUACUACAAUCUUAAACUCCUGGGCUCAAGCAAUACUGCCUUAGCCCCUUAGGGACUAUGGGGCUUGCACCACCAUGAUGACUAACUGUUUAAAAUUAUUUUUUGUAUAGAUGGGGUGUUGUUGCCCAGGCUGGUCUCAAACUCCUGGACUCACGUGGUCAUCCUGCCUUGCCCUCCCAAAGCACUGGGAUUACAGGCAUGAGCCACUGUGCUCUGUGCUAAAAAUUUUUUUUGAAAUAGCUUUUGACUCAUAAAAGUUGCAGCAAUAUUACAGAGUUCCUGUUUACCUGUCACUUAGUUAUUUCUCUAUGAUAACACUUUAUUUAACGAGUAUUUUAUCAAGACAAUUAACUUUCGUGUACUACUAUUAACUAAACUACAGACCUAAUUUGGAUUUUACCAGUUUUAUGUCUUAUUUUAAUUCAUAAACUUUAAAACAUCUUUAUUUUUUAUUUUUUAAGAGCAGUUUUAGGGUCAUAGCAAAAUUGAGCAGAAAGUAAAGCAUCUCAUAUACUCAACUGUUUCUCCUUUGCCCUCCAGAACCAUCCCUACUGUCAGCAUUUCCUUCCAUACUUGGUACAUUGGUUGCAAUUAAUGAACCUACAUCAACAUAUUACCCAAAGCCCAUGGCUUGCAUUAGGGUUUAUUCUUGGUGUUAUACAUUCUGUGGGUUUGGACAAAUGUAUGAUAUUUAUCUGCCAUUGUUUUUACUGCCUUAAAAAUCCCCUGUUCUGCCUGUUCAUCCCCUCCAUCCCUGUCAACUAAUCCUUUUACUAUAUUCAUAGUUUUGUAUUUUCUAGAAUGUUAUAUACCUGGAAUCAUAUAGCACGUAGCCUUUUCAGAUGGGCUUCAUUCACUUUUCACCUAGUAAUAUAUAUUUAAGUUUCCUCCAUGACUUUUCAUGGCUUGAUCACUCAUUUUUUAGUGCUGAAUACUAUUCCAUCAUCUGAUGUAAAACAGUUUACCCACCAACCUACUGAAAGAUGUCUUGGUUGUUUUGAGGUUUUGGCAAUUAUGAAUAAAGCUCCUAUAAACAU